AUUGUAACAAAUUCGUCUCCAUGAAAACACUCGUGUUGGUUCUACAUAUUUAAUGCAAAGCAAAGUAGUGGUUGCCAGUACAUACCUGAAACCUCAAAUUUUUACUGAAUUAUAGAUAUAUAAUGUCCAGCCAGAGAAAUCAACCGCAACUGAAGUAUAGUAGAUAAGUUCCUUCUCAGUGUAAGAAAUAAACCAUAACCAUAUUGAAAAUUCGGUUGCACCAACUCGCAUUGGAAAUGCUGUUAUUGCCUAUCAGCUGUCAAUACUGUGUGUCGAUGUCAUUGCAAUGUGUCCCUCGUGGCCUCGUACGACAUCCACGGGAGUAUACGCAGUAGUCCUAUUCUAGGGCGGAACCACCCCACACGUCACAUACAUAUCAAGAUAAUAAUAUUACGGAAUUACAGUAUGUUCCAUUCCAUACAAUUUCGGCAAAAUAUUCGGAAAACAUUAUUUUUCAAAGAACAUUAUUUUUAUGGCCGCAAACGUGGCAAACAGCUAUUUGAAUUUACAGAGCUUCAUAUUCUUAUUAUCCUACCUUUUUAUAUUCAUGGAAAGCUAAAUGGAACUUGACUUUAUUUUCAAGGGUAAUGCGUGAGUCGUGGUCGCAACAAGUGCCGCGUCGGCGUAGGGCGCCAUUCCAGGCGAUACCCGGUCGCGUUUCGCGCCAAAUCGUGCCUGCAGUGCCGGGAAGCGCGCCUUGCGGGCGGGACAUACGUAUUCCGCACUGGCCACUCACGUAAUCAAAAUGAGCACAAAGUUCAAAUAAAAAAAAGAUACGAAAUGACUGAAACAUUGGUCACAGAGAUUUAAAAAUAAACUUAUUUAAAUAUGGAACUUCUUAGGUGUACUUUUUUAAAACUUAAUUACGAAUACGCGCAAAUAAAAAUAUGUUAUCCGGCUUACUAUAUUAAAAUAUUCUUAAAUUAAAUUAUGGGUUAAAUAUUCACUAUGUCGGAGGACACUACAAUUGAAGUGACCACAUCUGGACCGGUUCCUCACCGAACUCCUACGCCCGAGUUGCACGCGACAUAUACUUCUUUUGAAAUUUUGGUGGCUUUAGUGGCAAUUGUUGGUAAUGCUAUGGUGAUUUACGUGUUCCGUCGCGACAGGAGACUGCGACGACGUACAAACUAUUACAUAGUGUCUCUGGCAGCGGCUGAUUUCCUGGUGGGAUUGCUUGGGAUUCCCUUCGCGAUUCUGGCAUCAGUGGGCCUACCGAGGGAUCUCCACGCGUGUUUAUUCACCGUUUCCUUGCUGGUUAUGCUGUGUACUAUAAGCAUCUUCUGCUUGGUGGCUGUGUCAGUGGAUCGCUACUGGGCCAUCCUCCACCCGAUGUGCUACUCCAGAAACGUCAGAACGAGAACAGCUAUCGUGAUAAUCUCCGUGUGCUGGGUGUCUGGAGCCCUAGUCGGACUGCUGCCGCUCUUCGGCUGGCACGCUGACGUGGAGGCCGCCCCUGGCUGCUACUUCGUGGAAGUUAUGGACUACAACUACCUCUUGUUCCUCUACUUCGCCACCAUCGUCACCCCCAGCGUCCUGUUGGCUGCCUUCUACGCUCACAUAUAUAGGGUUGUUGUUAAGCAGCUAAGCGAAGUGAUGACAGUGGAAGGAAGCCGGGGCCGCAUGGCUGGAGGCACCAUGCUCCGCGUCCUGGGUGCAGCUCAGAAACGCGAAGUCAAAGCUACGCAGAACCUCGCCAUUAUCGUCUUUUUCUUCAUCAUAUGUUGGAUUCCUCUCUACACGAUCAACGCCAUCAAAACGUUCAAACCCGACCUGGACAUCCCUAAUUCUCUGACUUACUUCUGCAUUAUAUUUUCUCAUCUGAACUCUGCUAUAAAUCCUUUACUAUAUGCUUAUCAUUUAAAAGACUUCCGAGCUGCUAUGAAAGGUCUUCUUCUUUCGAUCAUUGGACGAGGAGUGCCUAUCCCAGCAGCGUAUAGACCGCCAGUUCCUGUCAGGAGGCCGGCGUUAGAAAGAUGCAAUGCUCUAAGGGAGCGACCAAAAGUAUACGUAAAUUCUCCAGUAUGGUUAAGGCAGAAAGAGGCAGAGACAGCUGCAACUGAAGCAAAAAGGGAUAUGGCUACAUCGGGAUCUGCACCUGAUGCGGAGCCAUUUCUGAAUAGGGUGACUGAUAGUUCCAGUGGGCACCAUACUCCUGAAGCCAGGGAAACGGACGGUCCGUAUCUUAUUGAUGUGAAUCAGGAGAGAUGUCAAAGUCCAUAUAAGAAAGUCGAGGAGCUGAUCAGAAGAGUGAGGAGUGUCAGUGGCGACAGCUGACACGACGCCUGCCGGCCGGUGCCGGCGUAUAGUGUCACUUGAAAUCGAAGCUUUAAACGUCAAAGACAUUCCUAUAAGGUAUGACCUGAAUUGCGAUGAUACCAAAGAAGAGUUUUCAAAGAAGACCAACAUGCCAUUUAAAAAAAGAAAUAUUAAUGAUGGCGUGUUGGUUGUUAUGACUCAAAAGUUGAAAACAAACUAGUAAAAUAACUAUUUACGAAGAUUUACUAUUUAUUACAUUAGAUAGGUAUGACAAAUUUCAAAGUUAAUGUAUGCGCUGUAAGUAUGUUCAAUAAUGUUGCUUCUGAGAAGAUCCCAGUCAAUUGUUGCUUGAAAUAUACAGUCCAGUAUU